AUGUCUCUGUUAAAACAGCAGGCUGAGGAAAGACAGAGGAGAUUGGAUCAAUUGCGUAAUAUUGCUACUUCUAAUAGCAUUCUACCCAGAGAUGAGGUCAUCGAACAAAAUGUGGAAGAUUCGCAGGUGAAAGACGAAGGCCAACUAGUAGAGGAAGUGAAUUCUGAACAGGAAGAGCUAGCUGACGAUGAGCAGCAUAUAUUAGAACAGAAUGGAUCAGAAACCGCGGAUUUCAAAGCUCAAUUGCAACCGCAGUUGGAUUUGUUGAAGAAGAAAACCGAUGAAGCUAUUAAGAGAAUACUGAGACGGAAGAUAAUGCAGGACAAGUUGGACGAUUGA